UUCAUGAGUGUCCCAGUCCACCCACCAAAAAGUAAAUUCGCAGGCAGCAGAGGGCAGAUAGAAAAUCGGAAGGAAGGCUGACAGACAGGCAGGCGUAGCAAACAACACCAAGAACGCAAGAGCAACGUUCGGGAAAAAAGCAGUGGUGAGGAUAAUUUGAGUGAGGUUCUUUAAAGAGAAAGGAGAAGAGAAGAGGAAGGUCUUCACAAAGAAAAAGCUUACUCACUCUCAUCCAAAGAAACAAACCAAAAAGAAAGAUGGAUCCCAGCAAAGCCUCUGCCCCGCCACCUGGCUGGAAUCACGAUGACAAAGCAGGAAUGACUUAUCCGCCACCACCCUACCAGGACCAUCCCCAGUACCCCAAUCCGGGGGCUUACCCUCCACCAGGGGCCAUGCCUCCCCAAGGAGCCUACUACCCACCUGGGCCUGGGGGUCCUCCACAAGCAGCUCCUAUGGGCCAGCCUUACCCACAGGGCCAGUAUCACCAGGGCCAGCCUUACCCACAGGGCCAGUACCCACAGGGCCAGUACCCACAUGGAGCCACUGUCAUGGUCCAGCCUACGGUGUUUGUGACCCACUCGCCUCUUGUGAAUCCAGUGUCGGACUACCUUGGUUAUUCUAUUUUCACUAUGUUGUGCUGCUGCCUCCCACUCGGCAUUGCAGCCCUAAUCUUUUCUAUUUCUACUCGUGAAGCCAAUAGCCAAGGCAACCGCCAGAUGGCUGAGAAGAAUUCACAAACAGCACGGAAACUAAACCAUGCUGCCCUCGGCAUCGGCCUCACGAUCAUCAUUCUCUACAUCGUCGUAUCAAUUGUCUUCACUUCCCAGGUGUAAAGUUCCAAAGGGAUGGAUGUAUUUCCUGAAGAUGCACGACAUACACAAAGAAUGACGUUAUUGCUUGAUUGUAAAUUACUUAGUACACAAAAUCUAUGUCUUGUAGGUUUACCCGAGGUGGCAGUAUGUGAAGUACAAUUAUAAAUCACAAACACGUUGCCUUCUGGAGUGCUAUUGCUAUUUUAAUUACAUUGUAUCACUAACACAGUUCUUGUCAACUUUUCCAACAUUUCCAAUAUUUACCUUGUGCCUGUUUCAAGAGAGACCAUACUUUUAUUAUAUAUGUAUAGGUUAUAAGCAAAACCUAUAAUAUACGUUUCUUUUUCAUAUAUGCCUUUUUCUGUUAAACCAGCAGUAUUCAUGUUGACGUUAAAAUGGCAUCCAAAAAAGUAGUGCCCUGACCAAAUUCUGAUGUUUUUUAUGUGCAAAUGUAUAUCACCCAUUCAGUAUAUGUUGCAUGCAAUGGUACAGACAUUAUGAAUGUUGCCCUUAUUUCAUUAGGCAAAAUGUAAUUAGAGCAUGUUAUUCAGAAAAGCCUCCUCAAACGUAUACAUAUCUUUCACCAGAGCAUUUUGGCACAGUAACUCAUCUGUCCCCUUCUGCACACCCUUCAAAGUUACAUCAAAUUGUUGUGUCCUAUUAACAUUCUGUGUAUUUUUGUGCUGGUUAAAUAAACAAACAAUUACGCAUGCAAA